AUGGCGUUUCGCGGCGGUUUGCCCUUGCGGGAGCAAUCUCUAAAGCUGCUUCGGUUAGGCGUUGUAUGUGCACUGCUCAUAAUCGGUCAAGUAGCACGAAGCCGUGAACAAAAUGGUUACAUGCUGCCAAUAGCGUACCAGAAGUACUUCAGGAACUACUCGAUCAACCUGUGUUACAUUCCUAUCGCGGAUCAUCCAUCAGAAGUGGAUGUGUCCACCGCAGCGGCAUGCGUUGAUGGGGAACGUGGACCUGGAUUAGGGAUUGACAAUAAAGAAAUCAUCCCAGCCCAAUCUAGAGCCAAUGUGCCGGAACAGACGGACAUGCAGAGAGCUAAAGUGCAGCUAAAUUUUACGGAAAGUGACCUGGUAGAGAUUAUGACUCAGCCAAAAUCCAAGUGGUAUACUUAUCAUCUCGGAAACGUCUACAUCAAUGAUCGUCCGUUAAUACGCCUAUGGUUGCAAAAUAGUCAAGGAGUUGCACUUCUUGCGCACGAUCGGCGAAGCAAACUGGUUUUUCGCAAAAUGGACGGAGAUGAGAGCAACGUUCUGGAGUUACAAUACACCAUAAGGAUACCAGAAGCAGAUGUUGAGCAAAAUAUUAUUUUUAAACUAAAUGCGAAAACUGGGGAGAUAAUAGAUGAUACUGACAUCGACCGUUGCCACCAUGCUAAGCCGGAGAUGUAUGGAGAGUAUCGAGUGGACACUUGCAGUGGUGACUCGUAUAAGUGCUUGACUGAAAUGAAACGUGUUAAUACGUUCAACCAAACUCUACAUGUCAUCGAACAUUUCCUGUUAUCGCCGCAUCAAGAGUCAAGACGACACAUUCUGUACAGUGUAUUAUAUGACACAAGGAAUAAAGCGGUCAUUGCAAUGAAAACGUACGUCGAAUAUACGGACGGAUUUUACCUUGUUAAUGGUGUUGAUCAUGUACUUUUCGAUAAACCAAUUGCCAUUUCAAACGCGGCAAGCGUCUCAUUAGGUUCCAAUAACGAAUGGCAGGCACCUACCCUGCAUCCGAAGCAUUCGGGAAAUGUCACCGUUGAUGGGGAGGACGUCUACUCUGUGGAUAUCAUGCCAUUUGGCACAAUGUCUAGACCGUCAAAUGCUUUAAACGCGGUGUACUAUCUGCUCAACGGAAUAAAGCGAACGCUGGUCAUACCCAAGUUGCAGUCCAGGAGUGGCGUCAACUUGCUGUCUGAAGAUGCAAGCAGUUAUGUUGUAGCGAAUAUCGAAAAUGAAAAUAAUCAAAUAUCUGUGGUAUACAAACUUAAUAUUCCAGGCUGUGCUGCACCAGAAGCUGUCGUCGUACGAUUUGAAGCGACACAAACGUGCAUUAACCUUAAGGCACCCGACCAAACUAACCUCAUGGAGUUGGCCUCUGUGCCUAUAUGCAAAUCGGAUAUUCCUCUGGGAUGUGAUGCGCAGUGUGUUGUGUAUCAGAUUCAGAUGCAAAGUAAAUCAAAGGAAAACGCGGUUCUCUAUACAUUCAUCUACGAUGCAAAAGUGCGCCAUUUGACAGCUGUAAUGCACCGAAUAAGUUUAAGUAAAGACGAGAAAAUAAACAACGCCAUCACAGAAGAAGUGUUCUACAAAUCUGCGAGCUACACGGCAAAAGUAAACAUAGACAUAAACCGAAACGGAUUUGUCAAAGUUUCUCAGAUCUACGCAGGAUACGUUUCGAAAGGUGUGUAUGGCCAGAAUAUUAGGGCAAUUGUAUUGCCCGAUGGUAUAAAAAAUUUCGGAAAAUAUUACACAAAUCGGUUUCUUUAUCGCGGCACCAAGCUCGUAGAGAUAUACAUGGAAUCGGAAAACGGAGUUUCUCUUGUUAACAGAGCUUCUCCCCCAGUUGUGACUAAAGAGGCUAAUGGUGGGAUAGAUAUUGUACAUAUCACCUAUUCGUUAAAACUCCUAGAGUACAACACACCGCACAAAGUAACUCUCGAUUUUGAGUGCAAACAAGUUAUGGCGCAGAGCGGAGGCAAAAAAACAGAAAUCACGCUCUCAAACAAAUACCAAAGAUACAGAAUGGAUAUAGAUACGUGUGUUAUAGACGCGUCUGUAUGGACAGAAGACACGGAAUCGUUUGGCGGCAAAUGUACUGUGGGUAUGGGGGAAGAGGGUCUAUAUAUAGUUAUGAGCCGCAUUAUUAAGAAUAAGGACGACCCUACGACAGGUCACUUCUACAAGUUUCUUUAUGAAACACAACAUGCGAUAUUUUUCUGCAAGUCUGUUCCCAUAAGAGCGGUAGAGCAGAAGCCAAAUAAAUCAUGCAGGUGGAUCAGGGCUGGAGAUGACAGAAGCUAUACAUACUCCCUAGGAGGAUCUAAGCUUAUAGAACAAGACAUAUCAACGAUGUAA